AUGGAGCCUCGUAUUGGGAACAAAUUCCGUCUUGGCCGCAAUAUUGGUAGCGGAUCCUUCGGCGAGAUCUAUCUUGGUACAAAUAUACAGACAAAUGAAGAGGUUGCAAUCAAGCUUGAAAAUGUCAAAACCAAGCAUCCUCAAUUGUUGUAUGAAUCAAAGUUGUAUAAAGUACUUCAAGGAGGAACUAGUAUCCCAAGUGUGAGAUGGUUUGGCGUUGAAGGAGAGUACAAUGUUCUUGCGAUGGAUUUACUAGGACCUAGUCUCGAGGAUUUAUUCAGUUUUUGUAAUCGCAAGUUGUCUCUUAAAACUGUACUCAUGCUUGCUGAUCAGAUGAUAAAUUGA